AAAAAAAGAAAAAAAAAAGCCCACAAACAAAAGGUCCCAAGGGAACCAAAAUGAGGCCGAAGCACAUGAUGGAAUCAGAGAAUCAUAGAACCAUACAAAGGUUUGGGUUGGAAGGGACCUCGAAGCCCAUCUUGUUCCAAGCCCCUUCAUUCACAGCUUCUCUGGGCAAACUCUUGCAGCAUCACAUGGAGCAUGAAGUGGGAGGUAGGAGGUGCGGUGGGAUGCAUUGCUUGUGGCGGAGCUGCUUUCCGGGUGCUCCACAAGCUGUCUUCCCUUUUCUCCAGCAGCCAUGCCGCACUUCUUGGACUGGUUUGUGCCUGUGUAUCUGAUGAUCUCCAUCCUCAUCCUGGUGGGCUUUGGAGCCUGUAUUUACUACUUUGAGCCUGGCCUCCAGGAAGCCCACAAGUGGCGAACGCAGAGGCCGAUCAUGGAACGAGAUCUUCGGAAGACGCUGAUGAUUCGGGACAACCUGGCCUUUGGGGUGCCUGAGGUCUGAUGUGCCUGCCAGGUAGGAAGGCCAGAGGUGGUGGGAUGGCACUCAUGCUCUGCUGAUUUGGGUCUCCUGCUUGCCACUCACCCUCUGACCCUACGCUCCUCAGGUCUGUACAGCAUGGCAGGCUCAGAGCUUUCCAUGAGCUCGCAGACCAUCUUCCAGCCAAGAGUUUUUGCUCUUCCCCAGGGAUGAUGUCACUUCUUGGAGCCAUUCACACAAAGGGUCCCAUAUUUGUCACCUGAGCUGGAGCUGCCUGGCUUCUUAGCACCACCCCAGGAGGUCUCUGCAGGGGUAACAGGAUAAGUGAAGCUCUGCCAAAUAAGAGUUCAGCAAGAUCCUGAGACCAACUCUAUUGAAGAUGCUCUGCUCUUUCUUUUUCUGUUGGGGUUUUGGAGAUGGAGAACUUCAGAGCCUGGUGCUCACAGACUGAUGUUUUCAGGAGCUCUACCUUUGCGUUGAACAUUGUUUCUGAAGAGGUUCAUCCAAGUCCUGCGUCAUGCAGUGCUGCUCUGCAGCUCUCCAGAUCUGUCACGUAGCCCUCUCCCAUUUGCCCACCCUUCUGCUCUCUGUCACUGCAUGAGACAGGACACAUCUCUGUGAGCUGCCUUCUUCAGUGCGGAUAGUCUCCAGCUCUGUGCUGCUGUCGCUUGGCUGUCAUUUCAGCACAAGUUCAGCCAUCCCUUCACCCACAUGUCUCUGAGAAGGGGCAACACAUGUCCCCUCUGUCUGGCUCCUUGAAUCAACACAGGUCUCAAGCAUUGGGCUGGUGUGAGUGAGCAAUAUGCCCUUUGUAAUUCUCUGGGGGUAUAAGGCAAUUUUUAGCUCUGGGGGUUUUGGCUCAGGAAGGAAUGGGUCAGGGCAUCCUGUAAAUAUCUGAGGUCUUUCUGGCAUGUUUCAUCCUCCCAGACUGGAGUAGUACCACUAUUACCUUCCUCACCAACACUGGGUACCCUGGCAGGAGCUAUUAGUCUCCAUUCCAAGCCAGAGUAGCUGAGACCCAUUCAAUUCAGACAAGCACUGGGGGUAUUGAUGUGAGUCCCCUGGCUGGGUAGCCUCUCUCAGCAAGGAAAUGGAGCCAGCAGGUUUAUUCAUGUGCCAAAAUUUGUGCUCAUUGUGCUGAGCAAAGGCUCAAAACACAGGUGCAGCCUCACAUAGGUGCAUUCCAUGUUUGUUGUGCCUUGGUUUCUUGGGGCUGGGAAAGAAUGCACUGCAUGGUACCAAGUGCCAUCCUCAGUUUUAUCAACCACAUUCCUGCCCCGGCCCACUGCCCUGCUCCAUGCCAUGAUCUCUCCACAGCUCACUAAGUACUAUUGUCAAUAGAGUCCACAGCAGAAUAAAGGUGUGUGCAAACUGUGUGCCCACUGUUUUGUUUCCCUGCUGUUCCCCCUGGGAGCUGCGUCGAGCCAGGAGCACUCAGUUUGGUUCCUUGAGAGCCCAGCAGCUCUGCAUUGGCAGGGUUUCUGCUCAGGGCAUGAAGGAGGGGUGUCUGGGAACAAUUAAGCCAAAGGCAAAUGCUGGCUGAAAGCUGAGACUGUCUGCUCAGUGAGAGCUGUGCAGAGAAUCUGAGGCAGAGGGGAAGUCUCAGAUACUGAAUUAAGUGCAUAAAGCACUGGAGAAGACACUUAGUGCUGGAAAACACUGGGCAGCAUUAAGUUGCUCUUCUCAAACAUUUCAUUCCCUUUUGCUGUGCAAUUGUAUAGAAAUCAUAGAAUCAUUAAGGUUAGAAAAUAUUUCUAAGAUUAUUAAGUGCCCAUCCCCAACACAUAUCCAACCUCUCCUGGCACAACUUGAGACCAUCACCUCUCAUCCUGUCACUGCUACCUGGAAGUAGAGGCCAACCCCCAUCUCACCACAACCUCCUUUCAGGCUGUUGUAGAGAGGCUUUCAGUUGCAGUGAGUGCACUGCCCAAGCCCCUUUCCAUGGGGUGAUGGUGCCUCUCAGCCUCAGCCCAUCCUUCAUUUCCUGCCACAGGGACACCACCAACCCCGUCCAUGUCUUUGGCCAAGGCCACAUGAAGGCGGUGGAGCAUUUGCGCAUCAUUUGCUUCCUUGCUGGGGGCAGACAUUGUUAAAAAGGAAUUUGCCAUUUGAAAAUUUAAAAAAAAAAAAAAGAGAGAGAGAGAGAGAUACAAAGGGAAAACAUUUCAAAAAUUCAAAGUGUUUUGCUAUCUUUUGUAAAUUGUGCUCACUUUGCUUGAGAGCCAACCUGCCACCCGUGGCCCAAAAGCACAGAGGCACCGCCAAGGAGGACAUGGGGCUGUGUGUGGGGCUGCCCCAUAGCAUGGCCUGACUGCAGUGCCUCUGGGAAUGACGGGGGUGGGAGCAGCCGGACAGCGUGUGUGGGGGCACCUUGGGCAGUCCACAAGCAGCCCAUUGUGGUGACUGGAGGCGGGUGAUCAGACCGCCUGGGACGACAGUGGCCAUUCGGUGGAGAGGGCUCAGCUGCCCUCAGCCCUGUGGCAGAUUGGGGUUGGGACCCCAUCUGCCUCACCCUGCUGGGCCCAGCUGACCCACAUCUUCACGCCUCCACCUACAGCCCAACAUGGAGGAGGACAUCGCCUCAGCCCUCUGCCCUCCCGCCUCCAGGCUGGCUGGCCCCAGCCGCAUCCCAUACCCCAUGCCGCGGCAGGCCGGCCUUCCCAGUGCUCCCACCCAGCGGAGCUGCCUCUGGGUCACUCUGCGGCAGGGGGCCGGGGGAGCUCCCUGGCAUCGGCCACGAGCCCCAGCCCCCGUCACCCCCGUGGCCCCAUGCCCACGGCUCGUGUCAGGACGUGGAGCAGCUGAGGUCACACCAGUGGAGAAGAUGUCGGGCACCGGGGAUCCACGCACUGGACCAGUGGAGAACAAAAACGAAGCAGCCAUGUCUGAGCUAGUUCCAGAGUCACGACAAAAGCCAGUUGUGCCGAUGAAACCUGUGGGCAUUAAUGCCAACUUACUGGGCUACAUUGGUAUUGACACCAUCAUUGAACAGAUGCGCAAGAAGACCAUGAAGACAGGCUUCGACUUCAACAUUAUGGUUGUAGGUCAAAGCGGGCUGGGAAAGUCUACGCUGGUGAACACCCUCUUCAAAUCCCAAGUGAGCCGCAAAUCUUCAGGCUGGAAUCGGGAGGAGAAGAUCCCCAAGACAGUGGAGAUCAAAGCCAUUGGACACGUUAUUGAAGAAGGCGGGGUCAAAAUGAAGCUGACAGUGAUCGACACCCCGGGAUUUGGAGACCAGAUCAACAAUGAGAACUGCUGGGAGCCUAUUGAGAAAUACAUCAACGAACAAUAUGAAAAAUUUUUGAAAGAGGAGGUGAAUAUUGCAAGGAAGAAACGAAUUCCAGACACACGAGUGCACUGCUGUCUCUACUUCAUCUCCCCCACGGGCCAUUCCCUGCGGCCCUUGGACCUGGAGUUCAUGAAACAUCUCAGCAAGGUAGUGAACAUCAUCCCGGUUAUUGCCAAGGCUGACACCAUGACCUUGGAGGAGAAGACCGAAUUCAAACAAAGAGUGCGCAAAGAGCUAGAAGUGAAUGGGAUCGAGUUUUACCCCCAGAAAGAAUUUGAUGAGGACUUGGAGGAUAAAACAGAAAACGACAAAAUCAGGCAGGAAAGCAUGCCCUUCGCGGUAGUGGGCAGUGACAAGGAGUACCAAGUGAAUGGCAAAAGAGUCCUGGGCAGGAAAACACCUUGGGGAAUCAUUGAAGUGGAAAACCUCACUCACUGUGAAUUUGCCCUGCUUCGAGAUUUUGUCAUUAGGACUCACCUUCAGGACCUGAAAGAAGUGACCCACAACAUCCACUAUGAGACCUAUAGGGCCAAGAGGCUUAAUGACAAUGGAGGGCUGCCCCCCAUGACCUCUGAGACAGAAGAAAACCAUGAAAGUAACCUGUGAAUGACACCCUUGACAUCACCUGGUGUCUCUGGAUACGACAACCCACCCCUAUUACCCCUGGCUCUACCACGAGUCUGUCUCUGAAGCAUGUGGAGCAUUUUCUGUGUGUGUGAGAGGGUGUGUGUGUGUGCGUGUGCCUAACUGUGUGCCAGAGGGGACCAAAGGCAUCUUCUCUGCCCUUCCCAAACUGUCCUCAUUCUCGAUUUGUAUUUUGCACAGUGGACUGUCUGUCAUCUUCCUUUCUCUCGUUGCUGUGUCUCAGCUGUGCGUCUUGUCUGGGGGAAACGGGGGUGGGGGAAUAACUUAUGGGAGCAAGAGGGCUUUGGAAGUGGGAGGUGUGGGGCAUGCUGGGGUCCUGUUUUUAUUUUUUGGGGAUGUGGCAUGGAGAGACUCUGGGGCAGAUGGCAGAGUUCUUGGUGGGUGGGAAGGUAGUUGACUGCUCAGGGAGGAUAGUGGCCCAGCAUUUUAUCUCCAUUUUUUGCUGUGGCUUGCAAAGUGAAAUGGCAGCUUGGAAGUGGAUAGAUGGGAGAAGUGACAGAUUGACAGGUUUUGUGGUUCAGGGAAAGUGAGUGGUAGAAGGAGACAGGUUGAGAGCUGUAGCAUCUAUAUGAGAAACAUCAAAGUAAUUGGGGGAAAGAGCCAUAUUUUCCAGAAUUAAAGAAUAAAAGAACACCAAGAUGUCUUCCUUGGUGUCCACUGGUGAUGGGAAUACAAGAAAUACCUUCUCCUCACCAAAAUAUCUGUGUUUGUCACUCCAAUAGCCCCAGCCUGUGCUAAUCCCCUGCCCCUCAUACAGCUCUCCUGCCUCCCACGUUCUCUCCUUUACUUUUGUCUUCACUCCCUUUUAACCCUCUGUAGAUUUCUCCCUUUCUCUCCUUAUCUCACUUUCUCUGCUCCCAGCCCUUUCUGUCUCUCGUUCAUUUCCUUCAAAAUCUUCCCUUUCUCUGAGUUCUUUCCUCCUUCUCCACAUUCACCUCUUCCUUAUCAACGUGCUUUUGUUGUGUCAUAUCGAAAAGCUGCUGUUUCUCCUUCACUUGGAGGAAGUGUGGAGAGAAGGUAAAAACCCACAAGGAAAAAUAUGCAGAGUUUUACUGGAGGCUAAAUUAUAGAUUCAUAGAAUCAUUAUAGUUGGCAAAGACCUCUAAGAUCACUUAGUCCAACCAUCAA